AUAACUUAGGUCUUGAAAAUACAAAGGCCAGGGUCGGUGUUGGGCCUUCGUGCAGCAGCAGAACCUCCGGUUUUUGUAUCUUUUGCCCCGUACUACAAUCAACUAGUAAGAUAAAACCACAGAAUUUCAUGCAACAAAAGCUUGAGAUAUUUCAUGGAGUCCGAACGUUUGUUACUAAUUUGCCCAAUGGCACUACUGCCUACAUAUCACACAGUGUAUAUCGUUCUUGAAAUACGCUUUGGGUCAUUUGUGAAGCACAUCCAGUAUCUAAAAAAGACCAAAAUGUUGCAAAUUGCUACAUUAAAAGUUUUCUUUUUGAGGAAAAGAGCACACUGUUAUUUUCAGAAUCUCACAUGACUUUCUUUUUUGCAGAUCCACCGACUGGCACUUUCAUAUCCAUACAAACAACAAAGGAAACAUUGAAGGAAAACGCUGAUGUUCAAGAAGGAACAGUUUUGCAGUUGACGUGCGGGACAGACUCCAAUCCCCCCGCUGUCUUUUUCUGGACCACACCUGACAGCGCCCUGCCUCUGUUCGCAACUUACAACAUGACGUCGGGUGUUCUCGUCUUACCCAACGUGCGUAAAGAAGACGGAGGACUCUACCAAUGCCGAGCGAGAAACGGAAUCCUACCUGAUGGGAUGGCAAGUAUCAAUCUGACGAUUCAAUAUCCUCCAACGAUGACGACUACAUACAUCGUCUCCCCAAGGGGAACAAUAAGAGAAGGUGACGAGGUCAGAAUCAGAUGUCGUGUUGGCGAUGCUCUACCCAGUCCUCGCUUUCGAUGGAGGAGGGACGGCAGCAAGACAACAGCACUCCCCAGCACAGCAGUAGUGGACGAAAAGACGGGUCUCCUCACCAUCUCCAGCGUGAGGAUUGAAGACGCAGGUUUUUACCGGUGUAUCGCCGACAAUGACGUGGAACCCGCUGGACUCGCCUCCAUCACGUUAAAUGUCUCAGCCGACCCGAGUGGGAUUGGUGUCAACAACACCAGGAGGUCCGAGAAAUUUACCGUACCUCUGGCCGCAUCUGCUGGGGUCAUGGUUGCUGGCAUCACAGUUUUCUUCAUGUACGUGUAUAUCAGGUUUCGCAAGAGACCCGAUUGUCCGCCGCCACAUGUGGAAAGUGAGGAAUCACCAAUGGAGUACGACCCGCUAUACCUCAGUCCGGACUCUUCAGUUAUGAUUUUUUCCGCGGUGAGAGAAGAAGACCAAACGGUGAAUCCGAUUCUGCUGGAAUUCUGGGAUUGCCUUCUCAAAAUGGAUGUCGACCCCGUCUUGGUGUACUUUCAAAAAGAUCAGGUUUUGUCACCCGAUCACACUGCUGUCAUCCGUUCGGCAUCGUUGGUUGUGAACAAGCUUCUGACAACAAUCGGCAUACUGGAAGGAGACAAGUCCCCCCAGGUAAUCAGCAGGGCGCUACGACACACCGAACAGAACCAUCUAGCAGAUCUUCUUGAUGGAAAAGUCCUCCCAGAUGCCAAGUGUGUGUCUGUAGUCGACACCACCGAGUCAUCGUUCGGCAUCGAAUUCAAGCCAGCCUUCACCAACAUCCAACACUUCGGUGACGUGGACAAGUACGUCGUUACGCUUGAAAUUGCAGUUCAGGAACCAGAGAGAAUCGCAACUCGCGACUUGAAUGCAUCAGACCAGCUUCAAGCCGAAUUCACCGAUCUGGCGUCAGGAACGUCAUAUAACGUCACGGUCGUCAGUGUAAGGGGUGAGACCAAGAGCGCCGGCGUUACCGUCACUGUCACUACAAUCGGAGGCUAUGAGGAGCCAAGCAGUCUUCUGGCAACGUUCAGCGAACAGAAACGAUCACAAAUUAACCAGGUCCUUAUCUACAAGGACCAAAUCACUCUCAUGGAGCCACUAGGAAAGGGAAAUUUUGGCGAAGUUCGAUACGGAGUCUACGUAACUCAGGAUAGGUGCGUGACCUGUGCCGUGAAGACGCUAUUUGACACAGCGUCAGUGCUUGAAAUGAAAUCACUUCUGCGGGAAGGACUUCGCAUGGUGAACUUUAAGCACGACAACGUCCUCCAACUCCUCGGAAUGUCCGUACAUGGCAACGAAGCUAUGAUCGUUCUGCCGUACAUGAAACACGGGGAUCUGCACAAAUACCUCAGAGACAAACAGACACUGCCUCUGGAAGAAAACCUACGCCUGUGCCUGGAGAUCGCACACGGCAUGGCGUAUCUCACGGAUAAGGACAUUGUUCACAGAGACCUGGCGGCAAGGAAUUGCAUGUUGGACCAUAAAAUGCAAGUAAAAGUUGCCGACUUUGGCCUUUGCAGAGACGUUCACGAAAAAGGCUACUACAGGAUACAGAGCUGGGAGGUACAUGUGAAGCUACCAUAUAAAUGGAUGGCACCAGAGAGUCAUGAAGAUUACAUAUUUGACACAAAAACCGACGUGUGGUCCUACGGUAUCGUUCUAUGGGAAAUCUUUUCCGGUGGAAAGACUCCAUAUCCCGAUGUGCCGAGUGUCCAUUUGAUUGGCUACCUGAAGGAAGGAAGACGCAUGGGGAGGCCCAACAAGUGUCCCAUCGCACUGUACAACGACGUGAUGAAACAGUGUUGGCAGAAGGAACCCACCAAGCGACCAUCCUUUAAAGAAAUCCUGGCAAGAGCAGAGCAAAUUAACAAGUCCUUCAAGCAGCGACGAGAGGCUGACGCCUGAUGCUUCCUCAGUCGUGCGACGACGACGCUCGUCUGGUUCACCCGUCCAGCAAGAGUCAUGAGACCCUGACCCUUCUCUAGAUCUCUGCCCUGGCCAGAACCCCAGGCCCCGGUCUGGCCCCUAACGCAGGCCGCUGCCUAGGGGUGGUUUGCCAGUUAUAUUUAUUGUUAUAUUUCAUUUGUUUGAAUCGUUUCGUGAACUAUAUGUUCUGAUUCUUCUCGGAAUUUCAUUACAUGUACAAUGCCGAAAAUUAAAAAUUUCAUUACUUGUAUAUCCACGGCAUGCUCGCAACCACCUCCCGACUUCAAACAGGUUACAUGUAACUCAAAUUGAGACAUCAAAUCUCAACAUUUAUAUCAAACGUAUAUACCGUAGACAUAGCUUGAUUACCAAAAGCAGAAAAUUUAAACUUUUUAUGAAGCGGGUCAAAAUCUUCACGAUCGCGUAUUCCCUUAAUAAAUCCAAGUUAGCGGGACUGACUCAUCUUAAACGGAUCUUUUUUUACCAAAGAUUGUAUUUUAACACUUGUUUGUUGCCACAUCACAUUGCCCUUUUACUAAACUAGUCAAGGCAAGUUUGAGAUGUUGCAUGUUGAUGCUGUUGUUCCUUGUAUAUAUUGCUAAAUGCUGUAAACUCUUUGAAAGUGUCUCAUAAGCUCUAAAGUCUUCACAGUAAGACUAUUAGGAUGCUCUGGUCUUUACUUUAGUGCCCAUGUGAGGCUAGCUUUUUGUAGUGUUUUUGUUCGUGUGCUUGCACAUGUCCAUGUUGUAUUUGCCAGUCAAGUAACUGUAAAAAAUCAGUGUUAUUCAGCAUGUUUUUGUACAGGCUGCGAGGCUGGUUUUUAUGAAUAGACUGUUAUGGACUGUUAUGUAUAAACCGCUCAAUGUCAGUCGACAUUUUAUACUUUUAUACUUUCAUAUUGCUAUCGUGCCAAGAAUUGGUGUGCCUUUCAUAAUGUCAAUUUUAUGUAAGUAGACGGGAUUAUAAUCAUCUUUAUUUCAUAUUUUAUGUAAGAAAAGUGGCUAAAGUUUAAUGUGAUAUACAUGAUUUUGUAGUAAUGUAAAUGCCUUAGAUAUAAUGUAACAAUGUGCCCAAUUUAAAAGUUUGUAAUUGGUGCAGUGAUGUUUAUUGGGAAAUAAAACGUGUUUG